AGAUCCCAGGUAGUGCCUUGCCCCGCUCCUCCUCUAUUGUAUCCAAGCCCGCUGAAGAAACCUGUAUCAACAUGGGAGACAAGAAGGUCGUGUUCGUUACGGGAGGAGCCGGCUACAUCGGUAGCCACUGUGUCCUGGAGUUGUUGAAUGCGGGCUAUGACGUUGUGGCCAUAGACAAUUUUGCCAACAGUGUCGGAAAGGGGGACCAUGCGAAAAGUUUGGAACGGGUUGAGAAGCUGACGGGGAAGAAAAUCACAUUCCAUCAGGUGGAUCUCCUCGAUGAAGAAGCGCUCAAGAAAGCUUUCACUGAGAGGAAAGUGGACUUCGUGAUUCACUUUGCGGCCAUGAAGUCCGUGGGAGAGAGCAUGGAGAAACCCUUUCUUUACUACAAGAAUAACCUCAUUGGGACCAUUAACCUAUUGGAGGUGAUGAAAGAAUCCGGUGUGAAGAACCUGGUCUUUUCCUCCAGCUGUACUGUAUAUGGGAACCCGGAGAAGUUGCCGAUAACGGAGGAGCAUCCGAUCGGACGAAAUCUCACGAAUGUCUACGGCAGAACCAAGUAUUUCACCGAGGAGAUGCUUCGGGAUCUUAGCCACACCGACCCCGAGUGGAAUUUCAUAAACCUGCGAUAUUUCAAUCCUGUGGGAGCUCAUCCAUCAGGCGACAUCGGAGAAGACCCAACCAAACCCUAUGCUAACAUCAUGCCUUACAUAGGUCAGGUGGCAGUGGGAAAGAAACCCUCUCUCAUCAUCUUUGGGAAUGACUACUCUACACCUGAUGGCACUUGUGUCAGGGACUACAUCCACAUCAUGGAUCUGGCUUCAGGGCAUGUGGCUGCUAUUAGGAAACUGGAGAAGGAGCAUGUCAAGUGGAGAGGCUACAAUCUAGGCAUAGGCAAGGGACUGUCAGUCCUGGCUUUGAAGGAUCUCUUCGAAGAAGUAAGUGGAAAGAAGGUGAACUUCACAAUUGGACCCCGUCGUCCCCACAACGUUGACCUCCCUGUCCUUUAUUGUGAUGCAUCUCUGGCCAUGAAAGAGCUGGACUGGAAACCACAGGUCAUGGACCAUAAGCAAAUGUGGCAAGGCGUGAGUGUGCUUCAACUCGUAGAUGCAUUCCAGAGAUCAUGUGGAAUCAAGAUUCCAUAUGAAUUCAAACCCAGGCGCGAGGGUGACAUUGUUGCCAUGUACGGGAAUGUGAGUCUUGCCAAGGACGAGCUUGGCUGGAAUGCUCAAUGCUCUCUCGAACAGAUGUGUGAAGACUUCUGGCGUUGGCAGAGCAAGAAUCCCAAUGGUUACUUGACUGAAGAAGAAGUGGCAGCCAUGAAUGGGAAAUGAUUUAACACAUUCCAAUUUCUGAUGCACUUGUUUGGGCAAAUAUGGAAUGGGUCUUACGGUGAAAAACAAAAUGAAAAUGGUGGUAUUGGCAAAAAAAACUCCAUUCAUUUCAGUUUCAAAGCAUGGCUUCAACAUGGGCUUGUCUCCAAGUUUGGAGCUAUCAAUG